AUGGUAUCUGUCGUCGAACUUGAAGAAACUAAACAAGAACAACAACACGAGCAAUAUAGAGAUAAUUGUAGUGCUAGUGACGACUUUCAUCAAAGUAGUGACACCAGCCACAACACUAUUAACCUUGAAGAAGAAAUUAAUCUUGAAGAAAUUGAUCUUUUAAAAGAAGCUGAAGAAAACCAUAGCUUUUAUACCACCUCUUUCAAUACCAUCAAAAACAUCAACAACGAUGAUCUCUCCAGCGAUAACGAAAACGAAAAUACUUCUUGGGCUGAAUCUAUUCCCUCUAAACAAGCUCUCUAUAAUCCUGAAUACGAAAAAGAUUCCUGCGGUGUUGGUUUUAUUGUCCAUAUCAAAGGUGCUCCUUCGCACAAAAUUCUCAGUGACGCAAAAAGUGUUCUCUGCAACAUGACUCACCGAGGUGCUGUGGGUGCAGAUGCAAGAGAUGGUGACGGUGCCGGUGUAAUGACCGGAAUUCCGCACGAACUUUUCCAAAUUGAAACAUCAAGGAUUGACAUUGAUUUGCCACAACAAGGCCACUACGCCGUCGGUAACGUGUUCCUGAAACCGGAACCUGCCGUGAUGGAAGAAAGCAAACAAAUUUUUGAACAGGUUGCGGAAAAUUUGCACUUGCGAGUUCUUGGAUGGCGUGAAGUUCCCAAAGAUAAUACCAUUCUCGGGCCUGCUGCUAAAUCACGUGAACCAAUCAUUUUGCAACCGUUUGUUACUCUCGCAAAUCCUUCAAAAGAAUUUGACGAGACCUUUUUUGAACGACAGCUUUAUAUUUUGAGGAAGCAAGCCACCCAUACAAUUACCGUGAAGAAAUGGUUUUACAUUUGUUCUCUGUCUAAUAAAAAUAUCAUUUAUAAGGGUCAACUUUCUCCUGUGCAAGUCUAUAAUUACUUUCAUGAUUUGAACAAUGUACUCUAUAAGACGCAUUUUGCGUUAGUACACUCGCGAUUCUCGACUAAUACUUUUCCUUCUUGGGAUCGCGCUCAACCGAUGAGAUGGUGUGCUCACAAUGGUGAAAUAAACACAUUACGAGGCAACAAAAAUUGGAUGCGUGCCCGCGAAGGUAUUAUGAAAUCAGUCCUAUUUGACCAUGAACUCGAUCUAUUAUAUCCAAUCAUCGAAGAAGGGGGAUCCGAUUCUGCCGCUUUCGACAACGUGCUAGAAUUACUUGUGAUCAAUCGUGUCGUCUCGUUACCCGAAGCGGUAAUGAUUAUGAUUCCGGAAGCAUGGCAAAAUAAUCAAUAUAUGGAGCCAGAAAAACGCGCAUUUUAUAAGUGGGCUGCGUGUUUAAUGGAACCUUGGGAUGGCCCUGCUUUAUUCACAUUCUCGGAUGGUCGUUAUUGUGGUGCAAGUUUGGAUCGUAAUGGUUUAAGACCUUGUCGAUUCUAUAUUACCACUGAUGAUAUGAUGAUUUGUGCAUCAGAAGUUGGUACUACUUAUAUUGAACCAGAACGUGUAGUACAGAAAGGACGUUUGCAACCAGGAAAAAUGUUGUUGGUCGAUACCGAAGAAGGUCGUGUUGUCGAUGACAAAGAACUGAAAUUAUCGGUCUCUUCCCGUGCAAAUUUCCAAGCUUGGAUUGAUCGACAAAUGAUUACGCUUGAUGAUAUUGUUAGCAAAAUCAAAGCUACUGGUAAUGGCAUUUCAGUCAGCUUGGAUGCGACAACUAUUGCCGAAGAUCCAAGAUUAAAAGUUUUUGGAUAUACAGUUGAACAAUUGAAUCUUUUAAUGUUACCAAUGAUUAAUGAAGGAAAAGAGGCACUUGGAUCCAUGGGCAAUGAUGCACCUUUAUCAUGUUUAUCAAGUCAACCUCGUCUUAUUUAUGAUUAUUUUAGACAACUUUUCGCUCAAGUCACAAAUCCCCCAAUUGAUCCCAUUCGUGAAGAAAUUGUCAUGUCUUUGGAAUGUUAUGUUGGACCUGAAGGAAAUAUUUUGGAAGUCAAUGAACAGCAAACACACAAAUUAUUAUUAAGAUCUCCGGUUCUUUCAAUAGACGAAUUAAAUGCAAUCAAACGUAUAGAACGUGUGCAACCUGACUGGAAUGUAGCCACCAUCGACAUUACCUUCCCUAAACAAGAAGGUGUACCCGGAUAUCUUUUAGCCUUGGAACGCGUGUGCGCCGAAGUUUCACAAGCUAUUCAAGAAGGAUUCAAAGUGGUUGUACUUUCAGAUACCGCCACCAAUGCCGAAAGAGUCGCCAUCUCUUCGUUAAUUGCUGUCGGUGGUGUUCACCAUUAUUUAGUUCGUAGCAAACAACGGUCAAAGAUUGCAUUGAUGAUUGAAACCGCGGAGGCUCGUGAAGUUCAUCAUAUUUGUGUUCUUUUGGGUUAUGGCGCAGAUGCAGUCUGUCCUUAUUUGGUAAUGGAAGCGAUUUUGAAAUUGAAGCGUGAAAACGCGAUAAAGAGCGAUCUUUCGGGCGAUAAAAUCAUUGCCAAUUACAAAAAAGCUAUCAAUAAUGGUAUUUUGAAGGUCAUGUCAAAGAUGGGAAUUUCUACCUUACAGAGUUAUAAGGGUGCACAAAUUUUCGAAGCUUUGGGAAUCGAUGAAAGUGUGAUUGCACGUUGUUUUGCAGGCACUGCAAGCAGAAUAAAAGGCACCACAUUUGAUCUUUUGGCAUUGGACGCAUUUGCAUUCCACGAACAAGGUUUUCCCUCACGUGACACAAUCCUUCCACCCGGUCUUCCCGAAUCCGGUGAAUAUCAUUGGCGUGAUGGUGGCGAAGCACAUAUCAACGACCCAGUCGGUAUUGCAGAUCUUCAAGACGCUGUUCGUUCAAAGAAUCAAAAAUCAUAUGACUCCUAUGCCCGUAAUGCAUUCGAGCAAAUCAAAAAUUGUACUCUUCGUGGUCUUUUGGAAUUUGACUUCGAGAAUUCAAAGCCUAUUCCGAUUGACCAGGUCGAACCUUGGACUAAUAUUGUGAAACGAUUUUGUACUGGAGCAAUGUCUUAUGGUUCGAUAUCUAUUGAAUCGCAUUCUGCGCUCGCUAUUGCGAUGAAUCGGUUGGGUGGUAAAUCGAAUACUGGAGAAGGAGGCGAGGAUUCUGAAAGAUCCAUCAUAUUAGAAAACGGUGAUACCAUGAGAUCAGCAAUUAAGCAAGUUGCAUCAGGUCGUUUCGGUGUCACAGCAUAUUACUUAUCAGACUCUGAUGAGUUACAAAUUAAAAUGGCGCAAGGUGCUAAACCUGGAGAAGGAGGUGAAUUACCUGGUCAUAAAGUAUCAGAAGCUAUCGGCAAGACGCGUAAAUCAACACCAGGAGUCGGUUUAAUCUCGCCGCCACCUCAUCAUGACAUUUACUCAAUUGAAGAUUUGAAACAACUUAUUUAUGAUCUGAAAUGCUCAAAUCCACGUGCUCGUGUCUCAGUUAAAUUAGUUUCGGAAGUUGGUGUUGGCAUUGUUGCAUCGGGAGUUGCCAAAGCCAAAGCUGAUCAUAUUCUAAUUUCUGGACAUGACGGUGGCACUGGUGCAUCUCGAUGGACUAGUAUCAAAUACGCUGGCUUACCUUGGGAACUUGGUCUCGCCGAAACACAUCAAACUCUUGUACUAAAUGAUCUUCGUGGUCGUGUAGUAGUGCAAACUGAUGGACAAAUAAGAACUGGACGUGAUGUUGCCAUUGCCUGUUUAUUAGGAGCUGAAGAAUGGGGAUUUGCUACUACCCCAUUAAUCGCCAUGGGAUGUAUCAUGAUGCGAAAAUGUCAUUUGAAUACUUGCCCUGUGGGAAUUGCCACACAAGAUACUGAACUUCGCAAGAAAUUCGAGGGAACACCAGAAAAUGUUAUUAAUUUCUUCUAUUAUGUCGCCGAAGAAUGUCGUCAAAUCAUGGCGAAACUUGGGUUCCGCUCUAUUAAUGAAAUGGUCGGUCGUUCAGAUCGAUUAAAGGUUAACGAUUCUCUACGUAACCCCAAAACCGAAAAUAUCGACUUAACCCCAAUUCUUACUCCUGCUUUUACUUUACGUCCAAACGUUGCAACAUACAACAUACGAAAACAAGAUCACAAGCUUUAUGUUCGUCUUGACAAUAGACUCAUUGAUGAAUCCGAAGAUGCGCUAUCCAAAAAAUUACCUGUAAAAAUUGACUGUGAAGUAGUGAACACAGAUCGUGCCCUUGGUACCACACUAUCUUAUCACGUUUCCCGUCGUUGUGGAGAAAAUGGUCUCCCCGAUGAUACUAUUCACGUGAAUCUUAAAGGUUCCGCCGGACAAUCCUUUGGUGCAUUCUUGGCACCCGGUAUUACUCUCGAAUUGGAGGGAGAUGCAAACGAUUACGUCGGAAAAGGUCUUUCCGGAGGCCGUCUUAUUGUUUAUCCACCCAAAGUUUCUAAGUUUAAAUCUGAAGAAAAUAUUAUUGUUGGAAAUGUUUGUUUAUAUGGUGCAACCGCUGGCCAAGCUUUCUUUCGAGGAAUUGCAGCCGAACGUUUCUGUGUACGUAAUUCUGGAGCUACUGCUGUAGUUGAAGGUGUUGGUGAUCAUGGUUGUGAAUAUAUGACAGGAGGUCGUGUAGUUGUACUCGGACAAACUGGCCGUAACUUUGCAGCUGGCAUGAGUGGUGGAAUAGCCUACGUUUUAGAUGUUACACAAGAUUUCAAGAAUAAAUGUAAUAUGGAGAUGGUUGACCUGGAAACAGUCAACGAUGCAAAGGAAGUUGCUUUCUUACGUGGUCUCAUCGAAGAUUAUCGUCAUUAUACUGGCUCUGACUUGGCCGAUCAAAUUUCUGCCAAACCCGCCGAACCAUCUCUAGUGGACAUAGAAGACGCGAUGGUCGAUGAAGAAGCAGCAAAGAAACGAACUGAAACCCUCGACAAAGUUCGUGGCUUUAUGAAAUACAAACGACGCGGUGACAAUUAUCGUAACCCAUCGAAACGUGCAAAAGACUGGAACGAAAUUAAUGCGCGGUUAUCCGAUGCUAGUCUUAAAGAACAAGCGGCUCGCUGUAUGGAUUGCGGUGUACCUUUCUGUCAAUCAGACAGUGGAUGUCCUAUUGGAAAUAUUAUUCCUAAAUGGAAUGAUCUCGUGUUUAAAGAUCAAUGGAAGGACGCAUUGAAUCGCCUUAUGAUGACUAAUAAUUUCCCAGAAUUCACCGGUCGUGUUUGUCCUGCUCCUUGUGAAGGUGCAUGUGUAUUGGGUAUUAAUGAAUUACCUGUCAGUAUAAAAUCUAUUGAAUGUGCAAUUAUCGAUAAAGGUUUCGAAAUGGGAUGGAUUGCUCCACAACCGCCCGCUAUUAGAACUGGUAAAAAGGUUGCGAUCAUUGGAUCAGGUCCAGCUGGUUUAUCGGCUGCUGAUCAACUAAAUAAAGCCGGACAUACUGUUACUGUAUACGAUCGUAAUGACCGAUUCGGUGGUCUAUUAAUGUACGGCAUUCCAAAUAUGAAAUUAGACAAAAAGAUUGUCCAGCGGAGAAUUGAUCUUCUCGCUGCAGAAGGCAUCAAAUUUGUUGCUAAUGCUCACGUUGGAGUGAAUGUAGACGCUAACAAAAUACGUAAAGAAAAUAACGCAUUAAUUCUGGCUACUGGAGCUACAUGGCCGCGUGAUCUAAAAGUUCCUAAUAGAAAUUUGGAUGGUAUACAUUUUGCAAUGGAAUUCUUACAACUAAAUACGCAGAGUCUUUUAGACUCUAAUUUGGAAAAUGGAAAAUAUCUGAGUGCAAAGGAUAAGAAUGUAAUUGUAAUUGGAGGAGGCGACACUGGUACUGACUGUAUAGGAACAUCAUUGCGUCAUGGUGCAAAAUCUAUAGUUAAUUUUGAGUUGCUACCCGCACCUCCAGCAACUAGAGCCUUAGAUAAUCCAUGGCCACAAUUCCCUCGAGUAUUCAAAGUAGACUACGGCCACGCCGAAGUCCAAAUGAAAUUCGGCAAAGAUCCCCGUGAAUUCUGUAUACUAACAAAAGAAUUCGUAUCCAACGGCAAUGGUCACGUCACAGGUCUAAACACUAUUCGUGUUGAAUGGUCAAAAGACAAUGCUGGUCGAUGGACAAUGAAAGAAAUUCCCGGCUCAGAACAAUUUUUCGCUGCCGAUUUAGUGCUAUUAGCCAUGGGAUUUUUGGGCCCCGAAGAUAAACUAAUACAUAGCCUUGGACUAAAAACUGAUGCACGAACAAACAUUGAAACUCCAAACGGCAAGUAUUCUACCGUCGUUCCAGGGGUGUUUGCCGCUGGUGAUUGUCGCCGCGGACAAAGUUUAAUUGUGUGGGGAAUUAAUGAGGGACGUCAAGCUGCACGAGAAGUGGAUCAGCAUUUGAUGGGUGAUACUAAUCUUCCAGUGUCGGGUGGUAUAAAGCAACGCACUCUCGAAUCCCUGUCAAAUCAAUAUCAUCAUGGACUUGUUCUUGUUGCCAAUUAA